GAGGUCCCACAAAUAAUGGUGAUAAACAAGGGAUAAACAAAGCCUUGCUUGGCCUUGAUAGAAAACAAACAUUGCCAUUGAAUGUUUUUGCAGUAGGACAAUGAAUCCAUUUGAACCAGAGUUAUUAGAUCUAGAAGCUCUUAUGAUUGCCAGAUUGAACAACCCUGGAAUGUUUCAGAGUUUUUGGGAAAUGGAUGAACAAGGUGUUGAUGAGGAAUCUGAAGAAGAAAUACAAAAGGAUCCAAAGAAGAAGAUACUGUGGGCUGCUGAGAACAAUUACAUGGACAUUGCUGAAAGUUUAUUGAAUGAGGAUCCCUCUCUGGUAAACAGUCGAGACAGUGACUUGUACACGCCUCUACACCGGGCCUGUUAUAACGGGCACAAAGAUAUGGUUAAGUUCCUCUUAAGCCACAAUGCAGACAUAGCAGCACAGACAGAAGAUGGCUGGUUCCCGAUUCACAGCGCUGCGAGGUGGAACCAGAAUCAGGUGAUUUCUGUACUACUAGAACAGGGUGCUGACAUAAACUCCAGAACAAACAGUGGACAGACUCCACUUCAUUUGGCAGCUUCAGAGAAAGAAAAUGGAGAAGCAAUUGCUUUGCUAUUAUCAAAUUGUUAUCUUGACACUAACAUCAGAAAUAGUGUGGGUGAAACUGCAGAGGAUGUUUGUUCUAGAACGAGUGAGCAUUGCAAACUUUUUGAAGAAAGGAGAAAACAACAACCAAGACUUAUGGGUAAUAUAGAUCACCAGGAAGGAAGCCUGGGAAAUAUGGAUCAUUCCAAUGGGAGUGGAGCAGAUCAGCAGGAUACAGAUUUUGAUUGCAGUAACUUGGCGGAAGCACCCAUUGCAAAAGAUCACUCAGGGGACAUACUGAAUUUAUCUGACAAUGUUGCUCAGGGAUUUGAAGAUUUGAGUGUUUCUAUGGAUACAAAUGACAAUGAAAAAGCUUCAGAUCAACCUGGAACUUGUCAUUAUCCAAACCACCAUGCCAUGGAUGAAAACUCAUAAUCCAGUCAGAAAUUAACACUUUUCUCGUGAAAUGCCAAGCAAAGCAAAUUUGUGUCGUUGUGCAACUUCAGGGAAAUGUUCAUAGACACGCCAGUGAUACAUGUCCAACAUUGACUAAUGGUAAUCACAUCAGUCAGUGUACCUGUAAUUGUGUAACACUGUUUCUAGAGAUGACAUGUGACAGCAACAGUGACUGUAUGGAUAAUCAAUUUUUGUAAAGAAACACAUUUUUUGAUGAAAGUAUUAUGGGAAGUUCUGUGUAAUGAUUAUAUCAGAUUUUCACCCACUCUAAAUGUAAACCAUGUUUAUCAUGUGUCUUUUUAUCAUUUUUUUCUCUCUUGCUGAUGAAAUAAAACCAUAAACAUUUUAAA